CGAGCUUCGAGCUCCGUCAGGUACACAUCUCAGCUCACGCACUCGCGCUGCCACACGCACUCUCUUAUCGAUAAAUAAACCGAGGCAAAGAAGAAGACAACAUGAGGAUAUCCUACGUCCUAUUCGGUCUGACGUUGUUGGUCGCGUACGCAGCUUCCGGUCCAGUCGUAAAGAGGGAAGCGGAAUCGGAGGAUCUCAGUCCUUUGAACGAGGUGUACCUGGUGGAGACUGAUGAUGAUCAAGCGGCAGACGGCGACAGGUCGGACAGAGACAAGAGGAAGAUCGGUGUCGUGAAGCUAGGAGUAUCAAAUGGAAUUAUAAACUUCGUCUUUGGCAAGCUGGAUUCGUUCCUCGACUCGAAAACCAAAGCUUUGUCUGCCUUGGACGAAGCGAACAAGGUGAAGAAUGCAGCCUACGGAAUCGAUGCGAAACACUCGGCCACCAGCAAGUUUAUCAGUGAAUUGGUGGCGGCAAAGAUCAAAGCGGCAAGCGGAAGUAUCGGUCCAGUGAUAAACAGCGCUUCGACUUUCAUCACCAGCGCUAAAGGCGGUCUGGCUGGAGCUUUCGCUUCAAAAUUGGCUCCUCUCAGCUCAAUCGCUGGUGGCUUAUCUGCUGGGAAACAGAACGACCAUAAUGACCACGACAAUCACCACGAACACGAUGGUGGUAUCGGAGGAUCAGGCACCGCAUCAAUCCUGGGAAACAUUUUAAGUACGCACCUCAGCAGCCUGUCAUCGUUGAGUCAGAACCGUGGUGGUGCCGGUCACGAUUCCUCGAAUGCGCACGAGGGAGUUAAUCAUGGAUCAUUCGCGAAUCUAGGCGCAGGGGAAAUUUCAACCACCACCGAGGACAUUCCCGAGUUCAAUAGGAUGAAAGUGUCGUUGGACGUACCGGCGCCUGUGUUCGGCACUGGUUUCACCCUACUUACUAAUGUCAGCAAAAUCCUCAGUAGCGUGAUACUUAACUCAGCCCGUAGAACACAGACAGUCUUAGAAGUGUUCAAGCCCUUCUUCCGCGGAGCAUUUGCUAUUAAAGGACUGCCAUCGGACAAUCAUCAUAAUCAUCAUGAUUAUCAUUAAAGAAGAUCGAAGAUUCGAGAUACAUAGCUCAAUGAUCGCUUCAGGGAUUCAACAAGGACUCUAUUCGUCGACUUCCUCUCGAAACGGAGUGUUAAAUAGACGACUGUAGAGAUCUGUGAAUAUAGUUUGUAAGAAUAGCGCGAGAAUUUAGGAAACUUUGUUAAUAGUGUUUUGUACAAUUAGAUUUCGAAUGUAGUUGACAGGAGAAAGGAAAGCUUUAAUUGAAAAAUUAAGUUAGUCAGUAGAAAUAUACAUAAUUAGUCUGGCAUGCGUUGACACAUCCUUCUAAUCUAACUUUUCGAAUUUUCUAAAGUUUCUUUCUUCUUCCAUAGUUUAAUUAAUCAAGUCCAAGAUGAUUAGUAUCAUCGAACGAAAGAUAAUCAAAUCAACUUCCAUAAAUAGUUUGUCAAUUUUCUAUAGAGUUGCCAUAAAGUUAAACGUUCGCAAGAAUGCAGCUAUCGAAGAAGUACAACACUGUAUGAUAUUUUAGAUAAUAGACGAUUAUUAUUCUCUGCAUGAAUAGACGCUCAAGAUACGUGCAGCGAACUUUUACGAGCACGUGCCACAAUUUACAGUUAAUUAAACGCGUUCCUGAUCGAAUAAACGUGUAAAUGUUUUCAUCAAAUCAGAAUCGUUCGAUCACUUCUCUUUUUCUUUCAACUAUGGUAUUUUGUCGCUUUAGUUUGCCUUCCGGUGAGAAAUCGCAUUUUGCACCUGCGAGAUACUUUCUAGAUAAGCGAACCAGGUAAAUCUAUGAGAUAGAGCAAGUAAUUGGUUGUUUGGAUAACGAUUCCUGACGUUUGCAUUUCGAGUGUUAACUUGUUGUAUCAGUUGCUUUUGAAGCAGUGCAGAAUACUUUUCUUUUCGUGUUGGGUAUUAUAAAACGAAUACCGAAAGGCUAAUUUAUCUUUAGGGGCUCUCAGGUGAUCAAUAUUAUUGAAUGUCUGAGGAUCCUUUAUAUAAUAUAUAUUUUUUAAUUAAAAUGUAAGAAUGCGAUUUGCCAAUAAUGUAAUUCAUCCUCAUAAAAAUUUCUACUCAUUAUAAUAUGGGAAUAAAUAAAUUAUGUAAAAAUUAAAA